AUGGUUGGUGACCCUAGCUGUGUACCACUCGCUCGUCGCGACGCGCAUAAAUAUACCGUAUCGUCUACACUCGUGAUAGUCUUUUUAGGACAAUUACUAAUAGCACACGUCAAAAUGGUGAAAAGUUCUUUGCGCAGUGACACCUGCGGCUACUGUUAUGCAUGUGUUCGAUUAAGGUUGUGCGCGGCCCGCGGACGAAGCCCCGAACCCUUGGAGUGCGCUUACAAGCACAUCUUGGAGUCUUACGGAGGUGGCAGUCCUGGAGAAAAGGUAGCUGAGAGCCCGAAGCCGGCUUGCGUGUCAUGCAGAUGGACAUCAGAUGCACAGUUUCCAGAAACGCCACCUUCGUCCAGUGAUCUUAGUUUGGAGUGGAGUCCUCAAAUGACCAGAUCUCGACGACGCCGUAAGAGAUAG